AUGGCGUUUCUUUCUCUGGCGACAUUCCACUGGAUCGGCGGGGUGCUGACCGCGCCUUUUGGUGUGUUGUCUUUCUUCAUGUCGAACCCUGAGAAAGUCAAGUUUGUCGAGGACAAGGUGGCCAUUCCACUCCCAAAGCGGGUGCUGGGCUUUUGCAGUCAGUUUGCGCACCUCACCAUCGUUUCUCACGAACUGACGAGUGGCUACUUCGUCUGGGCAAUUCUUCGGGAUCACGGAGUACUCCAGGCACCCCUCGACACUAGCAACACCUACUUCGAGCUGUAUUUUGUGGUUGCCGUUUCGGUGGCCUUGUUUGUAGCUUUCGUCUUUUGGGCCAGCGCCCUCAUCGACCCCGCCCUGAUGGCGCCCGUCGAUGUGAUGUUCCCUGCGGAGUACAGGCUAACGCCGGAGCUGAAGCAGCACCUACUCUUUGGCGCGAUGUUUGGACCAUCAGAUCCCGACCCCCGGGCCAGUUGGCAAACUCCCUUCAGGCUUUUCAUGCAGUAUAUCCACACGCUGUGCCCACUUCUCUUGGUCGUGGAUAUGGCCCUGGGUGACCACCCGUUAAACAAGUCUAGCCUGGAGAUCAAUGCCACUGUCGGCUUUGCGUACAGCUACCUGGCACCACUAAGAGCUAAGAACUGA